AUGAGCUCCUAUUUCGUGAACCCUCUCUUUUCCACGUGCAAAGGCAGUGAAACGUUGGAACCAACUUACUACGACUGCAGGUUCCCUCAAGGCGUCACCGGGAGACACGCGCUGGUGUACGGUGCGGGAGCGGCGGCGACGGGAUUUCAGCACCCGCCCCAUCACGUCCAAGACUUCUUUCACCAUAGGACGCCGGCGAUCUCCACACCAGGCUACCAGCAGAAUCAAUGCGCCUUGGCUUGCCAUGGAGAUGGCACUACAUUUUAUGGAUACGAAGCUCUUCCAAAACAAACGCUUUUUGGUACCCAACAAGAGGCAAGCGUGGCGCUAUACCCAGACUGUAAAUCGUCAAAUGGCACUAACCUCGGAGAAGGACAAGGCCACCUAAAUCAAAACCAGUCUCCUAGUCUCAUGUUUCCAUGGAUGAGACCGCACGCCCCCGGAAGACGGAGUGGCCGACAGACCUAUAGUCGAUACCAAACACUGGAGUUGGAGAAGGAAUUUCUAUUCAACCCUUACCUCACCCGUAAGCGUCGGAUCGAGGUGUCUCACGCUUUAGGGCUGACGGAGCGGCAGGUGAAGAUUUGGUUCCAAAACCGACGGAUGAAGUGGAAAAAGGAGAACAUCAAGGACCAAUUUCCGUAUCAAAGAGUAGAGACGGAGAACGAGGGUAAUGGUGAUGGAGAUGGUGAGGGCGAGGGAGAGGGAGAGGGCGAUGAUGAAGGCAAUGAUGAUGGUGAAGGAGAAGAGGGAGACAAAAAGGAAACGGGAGAGGAAGAGGAGGCGAAAGAGUGA